AUGGUGACAAAUAAAAAGUUUGAUCCCAAAGACUACGAAGCGGCCUUUCUUUUUAAUCACUUCCUAAACUCCUGCCAUAGACAACAAAGAUUUGAGAUGGUGGAGGACUAUUACAAUGCCGAGCCAUUCGACUAUGAAAUGUACUGUGAGGAUAAUAGGGAAAAGUAUAAUAGAAAAGCAGUGGUGAGCAGAUUUAAAAAUGAAGAUUCGUCUAAUUUUUUGGCAAGUCACUACCGCACAGACAAAAAGACAAAAAAUCUGCCGAAGACAAGCCAAGCAUUGAAAAUUUUUACUGAUUCCAGGUCUCAUUCAGCGCCAGAGGGACGCUUGAGCUUUAAAAAUGGUGCUCAUCAGACACUUUCAAUACUCAAGCAUAGGCCUUUUUUCAUAGUUCAGGGUGAAAAUUCAUGCGCUAAAAAACAAAAAAGAACUUUAAAAGAGAAUGAUGCACAGUCUUACAUAAAGUCACAAAAUGUGUUUGAUAGUUCAAAGAUUAUCUAUUACAACGACAUUGUUGAUGUUAUAAACCAUAAUUUUACAAAUUGCUUUGUAAAAAGAGAAAUAGCCAGUCCAAAACGAGAAGAGAGCGAGACAGAAACUGAUUGCAGCUCAGACUUAGCUUUACAUGACAAUAGGGAAUAUAGUUUAGAAGACAGCAACUGUUCUUCUGGCAAUGAGCAUGAAAAUGCGCUAUCUUCUGAGAUGGCUGAGUCUAAGUCAAAGUGCCCAGAAGAUGGUACUGAUAAUUACAGAUUUGAUGUUCAGGGCAUCACAGAUACAAAUAUACUGCAAAAGACGGAUGAAGCUUUCAAAAAAGUGCUAUUUGGGACAUUCAAACAUUUAUAUAAAAAAAUUUGUAAAUCCCAGUAUGGACAAUCAACGAAAUGA